CAAUUCACGACUUUGAAGCACACGUGCAGAUAUAUACCCGGCGAAGAAACCUGAAAUCAUUAGCUGAUACUCUAUCAUAUAUUUGAAUAUGGCUCUUAAUCCUUCCACAAAGCGGAGAAUCCCGGAUCCGGAUCCGGACGCGUUCGACGAUGAAGAAGCGCGCACACCCAUAGGAAGCCCGCCAAUGAAGAAACUAAGGAUUACCCAACGCCAGAAACAAGCAUUGAUGGAAAAUUUGCAACUAGAGAUCACCGAGCGAGCGCGUAACCUUCGUGCACAUUAUGCACUUCAAGCCCAAGAUCUCCGUGCAAGAAUUGAACGGCGAAUCAACCGUAUUCCAAUAGCUCUGCGCAAUAAAACUAUGGGUGAACUCUUUGCAAAACACCAGGACGAAUCCAAGGCAGAAGCCACGAGAAAGCGGAGGUCGAAAAUGACCACAAGUCCCUCCCCGUUCAAAAAGUUGUCGGGGUUUUCUAAAGCCACCAGGCCCGCGCCAUCCGCUGAUAAGGCAAAUGCUGGGAAACGAUCAGCAAUUAGAGCCGGCAAGGCGCCAAGACGGAAGACUGACAAUAUCCAUUCCUCUGAUAAAGAAAAUGCGCCCUGUCCUGAAUCUAUCCACAUUCCUCUCGCUAAUCCAAAGAGACGUGGCAAAGCCGGAGCCACAGGAGGCACCGCGCGCGUAAUUUCCCAGCACGCGCAAGGGAGUGUAUUGUCUCCCAAGUCCUCCAACUCGAGGACAUUCCCACAGUCGCCCUUGAAACAAUCGCCAGUGAAAUCUCCAUUGAAACCUAGCUACGGAAACCUAGAUGAGAACACCAAGGCGAGAACUAGCCGGGACGCAGCACGUAAAAUCCUCUCUCCCCAAGAUUCUCCCGUGGGCAACCGGCCAUGUAGCGCUGCAUCUGUGCGAAUGAAGAGAGGCACUGGCGCAAAAUCAGCGGCAGGGGCCGCUGGCACGACUCGAAAGCCCAUCUCUCGACCUGCGACACGGCAGCAACAUACGCGAAGCGCUAGCACGAGUACUACCAUUUCAAAUGCCUCUGCCGGGACGACAAUAGUGAGACCUGCUAGGUCUGGGAUAACUACCACGAGAAAAGCUGCCACAGGCACAUCGACAUCGACAAAAAAGCUAACGACGACGAGGGGUCAGAUAGGGACCGCUGCGUCCAAUGCAAAAAAACCGCCCACCUCGACAGGAACGAGGAGGGGAUUGGCCGUUGAGCCACCACCGGCGAGUAAAAGAGUGCUUCGAAACAGGGCAUAAUAUCAAGUUUCGUGUGUUAGUAUUGCAUAGCCUUUGGGUAUUGUUUUGCUUUUACAUUUUUCUCGGCGUUGGACAGAAUAUGGAUAUUUGUGCUUUUGAGGAGAGUAUGCCCCUGGUGGGAGUAAUAUUUUUACCCAGUGGUGUUAAAUAUGUGUAUCAUAUGGCUUAUUGGCAUGUUAUAUCAGAAUGAAAGGGGCAUUUUGUUUGAGUUGUUCAGCUUGUUCUGCCAUUUGGAUCAAGUUAUAUAUGGGUCUGAUCAUUAUAUUGGAUAUUGGCAUAGAAAAUUAUUUUAUUC